AUGGAAGAUAUCAUGAUAUUGCUGUUCCUUCUUUGCUCAUCUUUCUGCUCUUUUGCCCAAAGCUUUGAUAGUAAACACAUUGCUACUGCUGCUGAACCAUUAGAUUUUAUCCUCCAAGAUCAUGCUCUAAAAUCCCUACUAUUUCACCGCCAGCGCAAUGAAACUGGGACUCUUUAUGAGAUCAAGUUACCCGCUAGUUUAUCAGGCAUGGAUGUCUCCUAUGUUAGGCUCAGAAGCAAAACCUUAUGGAGAAAAGGAGCAAACUUCAGUAGUUUUCAAAUCCCAUCAAGAACUCUCCCAAUGCCUUAUGUGAAAAGAGUUGUCAUAAUGUAUCAAGAUUUGGGCAACUUGUCAUAUCAAUUAUAUAACCACACGGUUCCGGGCUACUCGUUAGUGUCUUCAGUUGUUGGUUUUAGAGUUUAUGAUGCAUCUAAUCCGACCACCGGAAAUGUCAGAAAGCUUGAUUUCAACACAAGUGAAGCACCCAUAUCAGUUCGUUUUCCAAACUUGAAGUUUCCUAGAGGUGCGAAGUGUGCUUCUUUUGGAGUCUCAAAUGGUAAAGUUUCUGUUGGUGAAAUUAGUGUUGGAAAUGUGUGUCAUACUAGAAGCUAUGGUCGGUUCUCGGUUGUUAUACCAAAGAGGAAGAAGGCAGUAGGAGUGUGGGUUUGGUGGGGGGUUGGGUCUGUGACGGUGCUUUUGGUGAGUUUUAUAGGAAUGGUGCUCGUGAAGAUCAUCAAAGUGAAAAGAUUAGAUGAAAUGGAGAUGCAAAUGGAAGAGGGAAGUGUAGAUCUUGAAACAGUUUGGAUUGGUUACAGUAAGAUGCCAUGUGCAACAGUAACAAGAACUCAUCCUAAUCUUGAAAAUGCAGGUCUUUCUACUUGAAAAAAAGAAUACACUUCCUUUCUUGCUUCUUUUCUAGAGUCUAUCUUUAUCAUCAUAUUUCACAAGUCUGUGUCAUCAUCAAGUGCACAAAUUGCUACUGCCUACACUAGCAUACAUUUCCCUUUAAGCCUUAGCUAUAAACAUAACUAUGUACAUAGAUUAUUAUGCUAAACCUGCAAACAAACCCGAGUCAGGAAAUUCAUGAUAGUGGCCUUGUAUAGUACACCUAGACAGCCUAUUUCACAGUAGAUUGGAUAGAUAGCUUGCCACUAAGGCUUAUGAGAGUGAUGCCAACUCUUGGAAGGAACUUCAAAUGUUACAAAAGACUAAUGUAUCAUACUAUUAUUGCAUGAUAAUGUUACCAUA